AAAUAGAAUUGCAAUUUUUCAUAAUUUUUCAAUCGAUUUAUUAAGAUAUACAUCACUUUUGUUCAUGGAUAGAAGUUCUCAAAGGUGAUGAUAGUGUGACAUAUGGGUUUCAAAGUAUUAAAUAACGUGAUAGCAGAGGACUCUGCAUUUGAGGAUAAUCCUGAAAUUCAAAAAUAUUUAAGUGAAUUCCAGGUAAAUUUAAGAAAUGAAGAUAAACACAUUGAUUGUGAUUUAUCAUCUUCAGCUGGUUCUGAAAUGUUCAUACUGUCCCGUGUUACUAAUAACAACAAAGUGUCAUCUAUAACUGUGUUUAAGAUGAAGAAUCUCAAGAAACUAGGUCUAGAUCAUUCUCAAAGAAAUAUCUACGAACAUAAUCUUUCACAACCUGAUUUAGAAAAGGAUGAUCCAAGGAAAUCUAAGGUCAGUUGCAUUCGUUGCAGGAAAUUCAAGAAAAGGUGUUCAAGAGCUUUGCCUGAAUGUUCAAAUUGUCUGUCAUCGGAUGAUUUGUGUGUAUAUCUACCAAGAAAAAUCAAAGCAAAAAGAGGUAAAAAUGGAAAUUCAAGUUCUAUAAAGGUUAAUGUGGAGAAUAAACUAGACGCAAUGUCAGCAUCCAGUAAUAUUACAAGGAAUGUCGGUGUUAAAUUGGGAACUGAGAUUGAUUCGGUAAAGAAAAGGUUAUCUUUACCAAACUUGCUAAAUUAUUCUAGUUCUGAAGGUAGGUGUCAAUUGGGAAAUACCGAGAAUAAGAUUAGUAUGAUUAGAUUGGAAACAUCGGAAUCUAAUAGUAGUAUACUUGAAAGUAAAGAUUCUACAAGUAAUUAUUCAUAUGAAUCGAAAUCAGUCAUCAAACAUUCCAAUGACUUUAGUGUUAUAUUAAAUUAAGGUUGGGAUAUAUAGAGUAGUUUAUAUAAACAUGU